AGCCCGCGGAGGCGACACCGGCGCCGGAAACGAUGAGCGCAGGGAAAUCCUGAGGCAGAGAUUAGGUAACAGGGAACGCGCUCUCAGGUUUCCUUCGGGUUCCUGUGAGGAACCUACGCGUCUGGCUGCCUUCGCAUGACUCAUCGCAACGGCGCGGCUGUCAGCGCGCCUGCCCCCCCUCCACCUGCCUCCCCCGGGCCGCUCUCCGCCCGCUCGGCCUGCCGCCCUUUCCCGCCCCCUCAGGCCGCGGCCCCUCGGCCCCCUCAGGGCGGCCCCGCUCCCGCCGCGGAGCCGCGCACCCCUCGCCCCCCCCACCUCCUCCCGCGGCGUGCGCGCCCCCGCGGGUCCGGCUCGGGAGCGCGCGCGCAGGCGGGCGGGCAGCAGGCGGCUGCCGGCGGCGGGCAGGGAGCUCUCUGCGGGCGCAGUGCUGAUCCGCCGGCGGGCGGCCGGGAAUGCGAAGCAAUGGCCGCGGGCGGCUCGGGCAGCGGCAGCGGCGGCACCAGCGCGGAGGAGAAGAGCUACCGCCGCUUCCUCGAGCUGUUCUUGGGCGAGUUCCGCGGGCCCUUCGGGGCAGAGCCGGAGCCGGCGCCGGCUCCCCCCCCAACUGACGACGCCGCGGCCCCCGCUGACGAGGACCCCGGGGCAGAGGGAGAAGCGGGAACGGCCGCCGAGGCGGAGGAGGGAGAGGGCGAUGCCGGCGACCCUCAGCCGCCUGCCCCACCGCCGCCUCCCCCGCCGCUGCCCCCGCUGCCCCGGCCGCUCUCGGAGUACAUCACGGAGGAGGAGGUGGAGGGCGAGUGCCUGGACCUCUGCCUGCAGCAGCUCUACAAGUAUAACUGCCCUUCAUUUUUGGCUGCUGCUUUGGCGAGAGCAACGUCAGAUGAAGUCCUGCAGAGCGACCUUUCGGCACACUACUUACCAAAGCACGUGGACAACGCAGACGGGAUCAUACAGAUCGAGACAGUGAAGCUGGCCCGCUUAGUGUUCAGCAAACUGCACGAGAUCUGCAGCAACUGGGUGAAAGACUUUCCGCUGCAGCCGAAGCCCCACCGCUACUACGAGACAUCCAUCCACGCCAUCAAGAACAUGCGCAGGAAGAUGGAAGACAAGCACGUCUGCAUCCCGGACUUCAACAUGCUCUUCAACCUUGAGGACCAAGAAGAACAAGCUUAUUUUGCAGUGUUUGAUGGCCACGGCGGAGUGGACGCUGCCAUCUACGCCUCCAUCCAUCUCCACGUGAACAUGGUGCACCAGGAGAUGUUCCAGCAGGACCCUGCAGAGGCCCUGUGCCGAGCUUUCCGCGUGACCGACGAGCGCUUUGUCCAGAAGGCAGCCCGAGAGAGUCUGCGCUGUGGAACCACCGGCGUGGUGACUUUCAUCCGAGGAAAUAUGCUGCACGUGGCUUGGCUGGGGGACUCCCAGGUGAUGCUCGUGAGAAGAGGCCAAGCCGUGGAGCUGAUGAAACCCCACAAACCAGAUCGAGAGGAUGAGAAGAAGCGCAUUGAGGCACUCGGUGGCUGUGUGGUCUGGUUUGGAGCCUGGAGGGUGAACGGGAGCCUGUCAGUCUCCAGAGCUAUUGGGGAUGCUGAGCACAAGCCAUAUAUCUGUGGGGACGCAGACUCUGCCUCCACCGUACUCGAUGGCUCUGAAGACUACCUCAUUUUAGCCUGCGACGGCUUCUACGACACAGUCAAUCCCGAUGAGGCGGUCAAAGUGGUGGCUGACCAUCUAAAGGAGAACAACGGCGACAGCAGCAUGGUAGCACAUAAAUUAGUGGCAUCGGCUCGGGACGCCGGUUCCAGUGACAACAUUACUGUCAUCGUGGUGUUUCUCAGGGACAUGAACGCCGCAGUCAGUGUUAGCGAGGAGUCGGACUGGACGGAGAACUCUUUUCAAGGUGGGCAAGAAGACGGCGGGGAAGAUAAAGAAAACCACGGAGACUGCAAACGGCCAUGGCCCCAGCACCAGUGCUCAGCACCUGCAGACCUCGGGUACGAGGGGCGCGUGGAUUCCUUCACCGACAGAACUAGCUUAAGCAUAGGCUCCAGCGUUAACCCCUUUGAUGACCAAGGCUAUUUAGACCUGACAAAAACAGAAACUAGUCCUAGUACACCGAUGAGUGCCAAAUGUCUGCCACCAAUUCAAGGGUUUAGUCCUGGCAUACCAAAGAGCGUGAAUUCCAUCAACGGCUUAACAGUGAAGAAUGAAGCGCCAGAGCGCAGCACAUCAUCGAUGUGCGGACGGAGCGAUCCCAGGGAGCGCAACGCUCCGCUUAGUUUGGGCGCUGCAGGGCAGAGCAGCUACAGGGUGAAGGGUUUGUGCCCCGUCUUCUCUGGGCUGGAAGAGGAACUCUUCAAAUCCUCGGGAAGACGAGCCGCGUUCUUUCACUUGCGGCUCUGCAAUGGGAAGAGGCGACGAGGAGCCAGGCUCAAACCAAAGUUUCACACGUCGCUCUGGGCUCGUGAGCCUUCGCACAUAGAAAGAUCGAGUCCGUCUGUCCCGGCGCGGGGCCGCGGCAGCACGAGGCUGCCGGCGCGACGCUCCCCGUGGUGGCGGCUGGCUCGGCAGAGCGCGUGCAGGGAGAGCGUGUUUUUGAUGCGAAGGCAAAGUAAUUGUAUACCAGAUUCAUACCUUCAUCAACGCUGUAAAAUGUAACCAUCUCCCUCGUGUUCCUCCGUCAGACUCACAAAACAGACAUUCCCAAAACAAAACUGGCAUCAUCAGAAAGCGAAAAAAAGGUGGGCAUUUCCGAACUGUACUCCAGUCCUCUGCAAAGCUCAAACCGUGUGUACAUAGAUUUAAGCAUUACUAAUAACAAACGUAGUUGUUUCAGUCUCAAUCAGUUUGCUGGUGGUGCCACCCUGAGCAACGCCACAGCCACCCGCACACACCCGUUGUCCAGUCACAUUCACCCGUGAAAGCCGAGCAGCUGGUUCACGUCAUUAGACGCAAUUAGGGAACGGUCGUUAACAGCGCAGAGAGCUGAGCCUGCCUGAGGUGCGGCUGUGGAGCAAUAUGUGCGGAAAGACUCCGGUUUAGAACUGCCAAAUCUUUUUCAAGUGGGGGGGAAGUUGCUGUAGAAGUGAAGGUGUGGGGGGCUUUUUGUGUUCUGCUUUCUGUUUCUUUCAGGCGAGCGUAAAGACGAUUAGAAAAUUACAUCCACUGUUGCAGGUAAAAGACUAAAAGCCAUACAGGGUUUUACCAGGUAACCUGGGAACGGACAAACUAAGCUCCUGCUACUCUGUUCUCAGACUCCGAUUGAGGUACAGACUUAUAAUUUACCUUUUUUUUCUUUUUUCAUGUAACAUAAGAUGUGGAAUAUGAAGAAAACUUGUUUUUUGUAGUUUUUAAAAAAAUUAUUUCAUAUGGCGAGAUGUGCAGUGUAGGGAAUUUCGUAUCUUUCUGGUGCUUUUAGUGGCACUUUUCACAUUUGUCCGUUUAGGAAACUGUUCUCAAUUACUUUUAAUUGAACAUGAUUGUGCUUAAUACUUUGAGCCAACCUCUUUCCACCAUAACUUCAUCUCAGGUCUUAAAAGAAACCAGUCAGUGGAGAUGGUCAGUAACGACACCACUGUCACUCAACCCGUCAAACCAGAGAAUCGCUUGCGAGAGAUAAUGAGCAACUAGAUGAGCUGUUUGGUUUUGGUAAAGAUUUCUAGAUGGCAAAGGCAUAAUUGAGUAUAAAGCUGCUGCAGGAAGGACGCUGCAUCUGCGAGCAGUUCAGGUUUAGCGAGAGAGGAAAAUUCACUGACAAGCCAGAGCUUUGCUUUGCUCAAACCUGGGUUCAGAAAGGAAAGCGAGAGAUGCCCGUUGCCCUUAUUUUCUUGAGCAGAACAUUAUUUAUCAAAGCGGGAAGCACGCAGGACUCGCCAGCUCUUCCCGGCGCUGGGUGCUGUGAAACCCUGGGGGCAGCGGUUCAUUGGGACGUGAGGAAGCAGACGGUUCCGUCAGCUCCGCUAGAUACACAUCCUGUUACUAUUCUUCGUUACACUGAGACGUCUGGAAGAGUCUGAAUAAAGUCUUCAUAGGCAUUCAUUGUACAAUGCGUAUCAUGUUAGCAGUAACAAUUUAAUAACGGUAUUAGCAUUUAGCUAGACUUCGCAGAGUAUUUUAAUAUUAAGUAGUCAGGAGAUUAUUCAACGUGACAAGAUGGUGAGGUUUGAAUUCUGCCAAUUUCCGCUGCUUCUAUCUUUGAUGCACUAUUUUAAAAGCAAUCUGACGAAUAGCAAAAGGCUUCGUGAGUAACCAGGAGCUGGAGCGUGGCUUUAGAUUCCUUUGAUCUUUUUCGGGCUUUUUUUUUAAUCUUACGGGAUCAUUGGCUCUUAUCUGUCAUCUUAUUAAGCCUUAGCUGUUGUCAACGUUCUCUUUAGCUGCAGCAUAUGUUCCAAGUCAGAUUUACUGAGGAAAUUUGAGAAACCGUGAAACGGUAAAAUAUGCAACUCCAGGGCAUCUCUGCGGUGCCUUUGUUUUAAAUUAUUCACAGUAAUAAUGACGCAUUGAAAGUCCAUCUUAGAGCUGACUGUGCUUCGGAGAGAAAGGUGGCGUAAGUGCAAUUCCGCGUGCGAGUAAAUGAGAAUGGAGAAGCGUGACGGAUGAUGAACUUCUUCCCGGUCUGCAGGACGAGCACUGGACUGCACACGUGCUGUUUGGGGAAGGAUCGAGCUUUUUAGGUGUGGAUUCAUAAACGAGAAUUCUGCGACUCAUCCCAUUUAUCUUGCUAGGAGAAAAAUCAAUCUGCCAUCGUAGUUGCAGUGUGGUCAGGUAAAACCAUUGUAUCGAUAGCAAGUGUUCAUUUCUUCACUAACUGCAUAUUUAUAGAGUAGAUAGGAAUCAUUUUUAAGGUAAGUCCUUUAAAGUUCUAUAAUAUUACAAGUAGUGGUUAUUGGUCUGAUAUAUGCUGCUCUUGAUUCUACACACUAGACAAACAGCAGUGCUUUGUGAAAUGCAGUGUUUUAAUGCCACUGGUGAUAGGAAGUAGUUCUCUUCAGUUCAGAAUCCUGUGCCCUUAUUUGCUGCUUGCUAACGUAAGCAAUAAUCCCUCUCUAACGGUAUCUACGUGUUCUGUAUUCGUACUUUGUCUAUCUGGUGACAAUGUAAAAAUAGUAGGCUAAUAUAAAAGUAUCUAACUGUAUUUAUUAACUGUUGAUGCUGAGAUUCAGUCUGUGACCUGUGUUUUGUAUUUUUAUUGUGUAUCUUAGUGGUGGUGAAAUUUGUAUAACGAAUCUUUCCAAUAAAGAGCUGAAGUAUCCCUUUUCCGCGUUAACACAACCCGCAUCAGUUUCAGUUGACGUGUUAACCGUGUUUGCAGGACUAGGAGGUAGGUAGUGAAAACAUUGAUUUGAUUUGUUUUUAACUUGUGUUGGUUUUGAGACGCGGGCUCCAGGCUGUUUGUCUGAAGCCGCUCAAAACUUGCUCGUAAGCUCUUCACUGUGAGUACUGGCGGGAUUGGCGCAAUCCCCACGCUGGUAGUUUCCUGUGUACACUUUGUAAAUGUGCAACUCUGAGGAAUGUCUGCGGUGCAGAGAGCAGUAUAGCACCAGACCAGGGAGCUCUUACCCAUUUCGAUUUGCACUAAAGGUGGGUGGAAACGCAUGUAUAUAACUUUUCUUUAACCUAGAAGUGCCAUCAAUUGUCCUUGCAAGUUAAAACCAUUCAGUAUUUUAUUUCGAUUGCAUUGUAACGCCGAAGGACAAUUAACUUACACCACAUUUAUAGUGGUACGUCGUCAUAGAACCUCCGCUCUGUUUUUGGAACACUGUGUGUCAGUGAGAAACGCGUUGUCCUAUGGGCAGAUGAGGCACAAUGAGCUCUGUGCUUAGAGACAUGGCUGCUGUAGUUCAGGUCCACUAUCUCCUCACUAAAUCCUCCUGACCCUGGCAAUGUUCUGCGGGGAAAAACAAAAAAAUAGAGAAAGAUUGGUCUAAAUUAGGGGCUGUUUUAGCACAAUUUAUUCACUCGGCACUAGUCACAUAAACAAAGCCAUGGGAGGGGAUACUGCAGCUUUGUUCAUGCCUGUAAUUUAGGGCAAUCUUUCUUUAACUCAUGUCCUCUUUGCAACAGGAACGCAACUUUCUACCCUUGUAUCAUGUGCAAUAAGUAAUAACAAAGCAUUAACCCGGCCUCUGACUGAAACAUCCGUCUCCUUUGCCAGCCCUCGCUAACCAGGCGAUCGCGCCGUACUUGCCAGCAUUAAAGCUAAAGAAAAAACACCCCCUUAGGCUCUAGUACAACUGUUGUAUGUCGUGAUUGCAUCUCCUUAGGUUCUUUUUCUCUCUCCUUCACUCUAGAAGACAGAACAGGGACAGGGGCCAGUGGCUGAGGGCACCGGGUGCAGGGAACCAGCCCGGGGUCACGGCUGCGCCGGGUGCUCCCGCGCCCCUGUCCAUGUUAUCUCAUUCAUGGAACUAACUGUUCUUUAUGAAGUAAAUAGAUUAAAGUGAACCAUUUAACAGCAUUGGGAACUUUCCAUUUGCAAUCUUGUUCUAGAGUUCACAUACGUGUUUAGUUAUAACCAUGUAUUAGUCAUCCAUAUUUUAUUUAUGAAAGCUGUUUAUACAGAAAAACUGUUUAAGUUUUACCAAUAUCUUAAUAAAACAGUAAUUUAAACCACA